AGUUUUGUAGGGGAACGUCAUUUUCUGGUCUUGCCUAAAGGAGGCAGAAUCAGUGUUACUAUCAACUCAUAGUGCAAAACAGUGUUGAGUGGCAGCAAAUCUGUCCAAUUAGCUGAGUCGCUUUCCAUACACCCACUCCUUUCGAAACACUUACUCGCCCAAACUCCGGUCGCCAUAUCGAGUUGCAGCUACCCAUUCUUGAGUUAGUGCCUACAAAAAGACGGCAUUACUAUUUCUCUCCAUGGGCGUAGUCCUUCUUCCCAACACAAUGGCCCUAAAACUACAUCUCCCAUGGCGCACAACUGUAGACCUGAAACUGUAUUCCUCAUAAUCGAUGAUCUCAACUUAGUUUCCUCUCUAGUGGCAUGAAGUAGGCUAGCUGGUGGAAGAUAGGUACCGGGCUAUGGAGCGAGCUGGAAAUACUAUCUGAUAACGGUAUCCGCUGAACUUUUUGUUCACAUCAAAAAGUUGAGGACCCAACACAGCCAUGCAGUUCAAAUACAGAAGGCACUGAUUUAUUUUUAUAUGCUUUUCUGUUGUCCUUCAAGUGCUGGCCAAGAUGUCUGUGGAGGAACAGGAAUAUCCAGAGGCGACUCUGGUUGCAGAGGCCGGGCCGCAGUGGUUUCGGGCGGAAUUAGAACGCCUAUCCCGGGAGUUGAGCGAGACGACUCAUGAGAAGAUCCAGGCGGCGGAAUACGGGCUUGCGGUGCUCGAAGAGAAGCAACUGCUCAAACAGCGGUAUGAUGAGUUGGCGACUGAGUUCGAGACCGUUCGGCAGGAACUCGACCAGCUGAAGGAGGCGUUUGGUCAGGCCUACUCCACCCAUAGGAAGGUGGCUGCAGAUGGGGAGAGCAGGGAGGAGUCGCUGAUGCUGGAGUCAGCCAGUAAGGAGGCCCAAUAUCAGCAGAUGGUCCUGGAGCUGCAGAAUGAGCUGCGGUUGGCCAGAACCGCCCUCACUAGCACCCAAUCAGAGAACGAGCGCCUGGCUGCCGUCGCCCUGGAAAUGAGAGAGAGCUCUGAGCAGGUGGAUUUGCAGCGCACCCAACUGCGUGAUGACAUCCGAGAGUAUAAAGUGCGGGAGGCACGUCUGCUGCAGGACUACAGUGAGCUGGAGGAUGAGAACAUCUCCCUGCAGAAACAGGUGUCCCUGCUACGACAGAGCCAGGUGGAGUUUGAGGGUCUGAAGCAUGAGAUCCGUCGCCUGGAGGAAGACUCCCAGUGCCUCCACAGCCAGCAGGAGGAGGCCAUGCGCCUGAGGGAGAUCGCCGAGCGCCAGCUGACCGAGGCUCUGGAGACCAUUAAGACUGAGCGCGAGCAGAAGGCCGCCCUGCGUAAAGAACUGUCCCACUACAUGACCAUUGGGGACAACCUGUUACCAUACCACCACAGUUCCCUCAACGUCUCCGUGGACGGACUCAAGUUCAGCGAGGAUCCCACUGCUGCCACCAACGUGCCGAACAACGAUGACUCGUUCCGUGGAUACGAGAACGGCCUGGCCGAGAUGGCCGCCGACGCCAACGAAGAUGACAAAGCCAAACUUCGGCCCGCCCCCAGCCUAGUGGAUGACCUGCUGAGUGAACUCAACAUCUCAGAAAUCCAGAAACUCAAGCAGCAGCUCAUGCAGGUGGAGCGAGAGAAGGCGGCACUCCUCUCCUCUCUGCAGGAGUCCCAGAAGCAGCUGGAGAUGGCCCACGGGACUCUGUCAGAGCAGCAGGAGACGGUGGGACGCCUCACCGAGAACCUCAGUGCCAUGAGGAAACUCCAGGCCAGCAAGGAGCGCCACUCGGGCCUGGACAGUGAGAAAGAGCGAGACAGCCGCGAUGACGGUGACGGGGACUACUACGAGUUGGACAUCAACGGGCCUGAGAUCCUACAGUGUAAGUAUACCAUCGCCGUAUCAGAAGCCGGGGAGCUCAGACAGGAGCUGAAGACUCUUAAAGCUGAGUACCAGUCUUGCCGGAGCCAGUACGAAGAAGAGCAAGUCCGCCUGGAGAGCGACGUGGCAGGGCUGAGCGAAAAGCUGGCCUCCCUGGAGAAGAGCAGCCGGGAGGAGCACGAGGAGGUGGCAAGGCUGGUGAAAGAGCUGCGGCGAGUGAGUGAAGCGGUUGGCGAGUCGCAGGGAAGCCUGAACGUGGCGCAAGACGAACUGGUGACGUUCAGCGAGGAGCUGGCCAACCUUUAUAACCACGUGUGCAUGUGCAACAACGAGACGCCCAGCCGGGUCAUGCUCGACUACUAUAAGGAUGGAAAGGCCAGUAUAGGGGGCAGGGGCAGCCGAGAGGGGAAGACACAACAUCUGUCCCAUGUUCUGCUCUCCAAUGGGCUGGUUCCUGAAACUGAACCCAUUAAAUCUGAAGCCAGUGAUCCAGCCACCCCAGCCCCAAUCCCAGAGUCCCGUUCAGAGCCCAUGAACAUCUAUAACCUAGUUGCCAUCAUCAGGGACCAGAUCCGUCACCUGCAGCAGGCGGUGGACCGCACCACAGAGCUGAGCCGCCAGAGGAUGGCCUCCAUGGAGCUGGGUACUGUGGCCGAUAAGGACAAGGAGGCCUGCAUGGGGGAAAUCCUCAAACUCAACUCUCUGCUCAGCACCAAGAGAGAGCAGAUUGCCACCCUGAGGACCGUGCUCAAGGCCAACAAACAGACGGCUGAGGUGGCGCUGGCCAACCUGAAGAGUAAAUACGACAACGAGAAGACCAUGGUGACCGAGACCAUGUUGAAGCUCCGCAAUGAGCUCAAGGGCCUGAAAGAAGACGCUGCCACCUUCACCUCAUUACGGGCCAUGUUUGCCACAAGGUGUGACGAGUAUGUGACCCAGCUGGAUGACAUGCAGAGGCAGCUGGCUGCAGCGGAGGAUGAGAAGAAGACCCUGAACUCCCUGCUCCGCAUGGCCAUCCAGCAGAAGCUGGCCCUGACCCAACGCCUGGAGGACCUGGAGUUCGACCACGAACAGGCGCGCCGCGGCGGGGGAGUGGCGGCAGGCGGGCGGGGAAAAACCUCCUCAUUGGCGCGGGGCAAAGGGGCAUCGGCCAAUCAUUAUCCAGUUGCAUCAUGGUCAGCCAAGACUCCACUGUGCACGAAUAACCCUUACCAUCCUAACCCCACUGACUCCCCCACCUUACCAUGCCACUAACGCAGUAAUUUGAUCAAGCCCAGUGUCCCCUUCAAAGGUUGACAGUUGCCGAUGAUUACUUCAGUACCCCCCGUGUCCUGAGACCCAUGUCAGAGACACACACUGCUGUAAUGUGAGGACUUUGAUUUCUGAGUGCAAACACACACCAGAGUAUGUGAGCGGAGUUGAGUGGUCAGAGAAUCCCACUCAUUGCUCACAGAGUAGUCUUCUGCCACUCCAAAUUCGCUCCAUUCAUUUUGUGUUUAAAAAGGAUCAUUUAACAAACACCCCAUCUACUUUUGUGACACUACUCAUAUCAACAUCUCUUUGCAUUAGUGGUGGGGUAGGCUAAAUAAAUACAACAGAAUAGGCAUAAUUAAAAGAACAUAAUAAGGCAAAUGCUGGCCAGAGCAUGCUCAAUUGAAGCAGGAUAGAAGGUCGACGCUCCAACGUUUUAGAAAUUCGCUCCACGCUCCAGCCAAAUGAAGCACGCUCCACUUCAGUUCCACUCUGCUCACGCCCUCUGACACACACACACACACACACAUAUGCUCCAGGCCCCUACAGACACACGUGAAACCCCCAGGGGUUUGGUCCCUCUGUGUGGCUACAGGAAACAAGAAAGUCUCCUCGGUAUGAUGACCAAUAGAGGUCUAUUUCUAUGGAUAUGACCGACAGUUUGAUCCUCAUUUGUGAUCCAAUCACUCACUCCACAUUGUCCACCUCUAUACUAUUAUAACUCUUGUGUCUUUCCCCCGACUACAGCCGACUUCAACUCCACGAUUUACGAUGGAGUCGAGUGGUGUCUAGUGUUGGCGAACUGGAGCGCCGAUGUCACAUAAAAACCCACUGUCGCGUGUAAUUGCGGGCUAUGUUUUGGGUGCUGAAAUCAUUGUAUGUGAUAGUCGCCGCUCAACUUCAUCGUAAAUCAUGGAGUUGAGUUUAAUCGACUACCCGGAUGACUGCGCCAUUUUAAUGUAUUUAUUUAUCUUUGUUUGCUUGUUGUAACUCAGUGAACGUGUGAGGUGUUCAUAAGCUUUCUGUUGCAUUUAAUAAUUGUUGAUAAUUGGAGCAUUCAUAAUUGAAUUUCAAUGGAGAGCAAACCUGUGUUGAUUUAUAUUUAUUCGUAGAGAAAGAUCAGAGGCAGGAACGUCAUAGGAACUAAAGUGACUUGCUACAGUUUUCCCGAGGGUCAAUAUUCAGUGGGACACUUAGGCUAAUGUAAGAAAUCUUGAUUGGGAUAAGUCCUUUCUCUCUUUGUUUUAAAUCUUGUCACAUGUACUUAGAUGUUUUAUUUAACCUAUAUUUAUCCAGGCGAGUCAAUUAAAAACAAAUUAUUCUUUACAAUGACCGCCUGGCAAAUUUGUAUAAUGUUCAAGAAGUCUUUUUGGCACCUUAUUCUUCUAUCUUCUGGUCUUAGUUUUGACUAGUAGUGCCUUUCUGUCCACAAAAGAGAAGCUAGAUUUUGUUUUUUAUGUUUUCAAUGUCUUUGAGAAGGAAUUUGGGUGAGAGGUUUUGACCCCAGUCAUUACAGAUUGAGGAAAAUAACAGGAACUGUGGUGAAUUCUUUGAAGUGAUUCUGUGAUCCUCCAAACGUGCAGAAUUGCACAUUUAGGGGCUGUUAUUAUGAUUUAUUAUUAUAAAGAAAAAACCUAUUUGAAACGUUUUGAUACUUUAACUCUUAACUUUGGCUGCCGAGUUUAGUGGCUCGAGGCAUUUACAACAGUGGCUGAUUGAGAGAUUACUAAUGCACAUACUUACUUAUACUCUAGCGUGUGUGGCAAAGGUCAGGCAAUGUCAAUAUAGAAUUGACAAGAAUGGAGGAUCAUUUCUUUGUCUGUUUUAAUGCAAUUUUAUUAGCCCUUUUUAUGUCCUCUAAUAGAGUUGUUGUGACUUCAGCAAACAGAGGAGGUAAAGUCAUCAACACUUCUGCAGUGCCAUUUAAUUCACAGGUUUGUUGAUGCAAUAAAAGUUACAUUUAUGACUUUUUUUUAUCUUUUUUUUUUUUACAAGUGCAAUUUAAACGCAGUAUCAAUAUGGAAAUACGGUAUAAAAAUGCUGUCUGUUUGCUGAUGCUAUAUUGUUAUGUUUUACUACUUACUCACAAUCUUGAUCCAAUUUGAGUUUAUCUUUGUACUAAAUAACUUGUUUGUAUUUAUUUAUAUGUAUGUUCGUAUUGUCAAUAAUGUGGAUUAUGAUUAGUGGCAUAUUGAUACCAUGUUGAUGUCAUUUUCCAUGUUUUCUUCAAGGGACUUUGGGUGGAGAUGGUGGUCGCAUUCCACUGCUUGGUUCGUUGCAUGCAUCAACCAAUGGUUGCAUGCCAUGUCAUCGACUGACAGAUUGCUAUAACAUAAUGAUGUGGUUAGCUGAUAGGUCAAAUACCUAACUAGGCGUUGUAAGAUCUGGCAACGUCUAAGCAGUGGAAUGCUCAAUAGAAGCCAGUAGCCUACUUACCUAUGUGGUGGUGGUGGUGGUGGUGAUGAUGUUGCACUGGCAAGGUGCAUGCUUAGCAGUAUAAACUUAACUUCAGACUUAAUGUGGUGUUGUUGAGGUUAUUAAAACAUGUAUAUUGAUCCUA